AUGGACACCUCGCGUACUUUGCUAAAACAUCUAAACGACAAGUUAAACCCUCUUGGAAUGGAAGUCUAUUUAUUCAAAGUUUCAUGGUACAACGAAACAGUUCGUCCGUGUUUUAAACUCCCAUAUGCAGAUAACGUUAUAUGUGCCGUAGUUCUAACUGUCCCGGCGUUUUUCGAAAGCGCAUUUCUGCCCAACGUGGAAAAUUUAUUGGCGCAAAAGCAGACGAAGGAUCCAAUCGAUGAAUGCAUUGCGUUCCAUUUAAACGAGACUGUUUCUGGCUUGAACAUUGGUGGUAUAACCAUUAUGUAUGAUUAUGAAAUAUUACCAAACCGGAGACCUAAAGUGUUGGUGCAAACUGCAGCUCACGUGGCAGGUGCUGCGUUUUACUAUCAGAGGGAGCAUGUAUUAAAACCUUCAGUUGAAUUUAACAAGUUAGAACCAUCAUCUCAUUGUGAUGCUGCAGGUGACCGUAAUCAAAAUAAAGGACACUGCAGGGAUAGUUGCAAUGCUAAAGAGGGUACAUCAGGUUCUAUUGACCCUUGGGGCGGAAAAAGAAAAAUUUACGGCGUUUGCGUUCAUCCCAAAUAUGGUGGUUGGUUUGCAAUAAGAGCAGUUCUUGUGUUCACUGAGUUAGAAGAUGCUAACCUCACAAAACUAGAGCCAACAGAUUGUGUAAAGACAAGAACUGAAAGAAUUGAUCUAUUGGAGAAAUUUAAUGGGAAUUGGAAAGACUCAACUUAUAGAGAUGUAAUUCAAGUGAAAGAGAAAUAUAGCGAACUUCAAACACUAUAUUUUCUAACCCUUCCUAAAGAUCGAAUGAAACUUUUACAGCAAAUUGUGAAUAACCAAACAGUGUAA